UAGCCAUGUUUGUGUCAGUCAAGUACAUGUAAGUUGCUGUUUUUGUGGUUUAACCUAUUUUUGGAUUUUGCCAGUAGAAAGUUAUGUUCCAGGGAAAUUAAGAAGUCAUGAGAGCUCCAGGAUUUCAUUCAGGUGAUUUUUUAUGCAGCCACACAUUGGCUCCCUCAUUCAGAAUGAAGACGUCAGAUUCCUAUGUUAGAUGCUCUCUGUGGUGGAAGAUACAGCUGAUAGUCCUCCUUCUAGCAGUUCAAGGUUUUGCUAGUGCAACCUCUGCUACUCCUCAACCUCCUGCUCCUACUCCACCUCAUCCAACGUCUGCACAUACCACAGGUCAAGCUGUUGCUAGUCCAACCUCUACUUCUCCUCUCUUCUCUUCUUCUUCUUCCCAUCCUGUUCCUCCUUCUACUCCAUCCCCUCCAACGUCUGCACAGACCACAGGUCAAGGUUUUGCUAGUGCAACCUUUGCUUCUCCUCCACCUUCUCCUUCUCCUCCACCUCCUCCUUCUACUCUACGUCCUCCAACGUCUGCAGAGACCACAGGUCAAGCUUCUGCUAGUCCAACCUCUGCUUCUCCUCUCUUCCCUUCUUCUUCUUCAUCUCCUGCUCCUCCUUCUACUCCACCCCCUCCAACGUCUGCACAGACCACAGUUCAAGCUUCCAUCAGUUCAAGCUCUGCUGCCCCCACCAUUUAUCUCACUCCUACAACAGCUGCACAGUCUCCAGUAGUAUACUACGUUGUUGACGUGACUGUGAAUGUAACUGGAGAGAAGAAGAAUGAAUCAGAAAUUAUUGUCUGGCUUCAGCAGGCUUUCCAAAACAGGCUGGAGAACUGUCUGUUUUCAAACCCUAAAGAAACAACUACUGCACCCAUUUCUCCUCAAACUACAAAUACAUUCACUACAAAUGUGACAUCACAACCAACCACAGCAUCAGGAAUUUAUAAUUUAACAACAACCGCAGUGUCUACCAUGCUACAAAACUACAGCGCAACCACUGCUGCAACUUCAGAGUCAGCAGCUGUCAACGAUACAGCAACAGCUGCAAAGAGCACAAGUACAGCUACAAGAAAUUACGUUGUCCCAGUGUCUGCAACUCUGACCAGCCACCAGCCAACAUCUUCACCCGGCAGGAGUGACAAUGUGACACAAAGCAGUUCAAUCAUAAACAACACAACUUCCCUAUUUCAAGGAAUAGAGGUUUCAUGCACCAUAACAAAUCAAAUAAGAAAUACAACAUGUAAUGUGACACUGAGCCUGAAUCAGAGCGUACCUCCAUGCUGUAUCCUCAGCACAAUCUGCGCAGCCAGUAAAAAUUCCUCUGACAUUCAUGUGAUUGGAAACAGGGCAGAUAGAAAGAAUCUAAACGAGUGCAGUACCACUCCAAAUGAGGAAAACAGCUGCAUUUAUUCUGGUCCGCUGGGUUCAUCAUGUGAAGAGUCCGGACCGGCGUAUGUGGUUCCACAACGCAACUUAACUAACUGUGGUGCAGGUAACAACACCUGCAGCUGCUCUGCUUACUGCAAUAAAUCUGAUGCAUUCUACAAUUUUUCCAUCAUAAUUACAAAUCCUAAAAUAAACUCUUCAUAUGUCUCCUCCUUGAUUUCUACGAUUAAACUACCACCGUGCAACAUCAGUACGAAUGCUGCAUGUCUGUUGGCCAACAUUUCAUCAGAAUACAAGGAUGUCAACAUGACUUGUGAGGUGACAGCAACAAACCAAAGCUGCGGAGGGAUUUUACGCUUCGCUCAUGAGGUCCCGAUUUGUUGUGUGGAAGCAGCUCUGAUGAAUGUGUUUCAAUGUGAAAAACAAAUCUUUUAUAAUAGACAAGUCGGAAAAGCGGCAAUUUGUGGAAACACAGACGAUCCACUGCAUUCCCAGGUCAAAUGGGUACAGAGUGACCUAAAGCCUGAAGACUUUUGUACAAAUAUACAGUCUAACAUCAGUAAAUGUCAGGAUGGAAAAGAUGUGGUCGUGCAGCUGCAGGAGCAGUGCUUAAACGACGAUGUGCCUGUCACAGUGAGCCCAAAUGUGACGACUAUGGAACCAAACAGCACCACCUUGUCUGUUAACGUGACUCCAUCCAUCCUAAAGACAACAACAGCAAUAACAGUAACAACACAAAACAACACAACACAGAUCCCAAAUGUGAACACAUCUGCUGCUGGUGUGACGACAGCAAUGAACUCCACCACCACCACAUCUCUCUCUGUGACCACUCCAGGAAAUUCAACAGCUGCUGGAACUGCUGAAAGUCAAGCCAAUGCACUUCUUGAGCUGACCAAAGAUGUGACCAAACUGACCUCCCAACAAAUAAAUGAGCUGGUUUCUCAACUGCAGAGACUUUUGUCAGGCCCAACUGUCAGCAUGGUGCUGGGAAACACCUCCAUCUACAUUGUCAGCAAUCUGCUCGGUGCUGCACCUGAGAAGCUGUCAAGUUUCUCCAGCAGGAUUAUAGGAAUCGUUGAUACGGUGGGGUCAAAGCUGGUCAUUGGACAAAAUGCACAGACUCUGUUGUCCCCGUCCGUGGCUCUGUCUGCUAAACCAGCAGAUGGCGCUAAUUUUCAGGAGACAGUUUUCGCCAUCUCAGAUCCCAAUAACGUACAGGUCCGUGAGCAAACGAGGCUCAGAAGGAGUGUUUUACACUCCUCCAUCAAUCAGGGCUCCAUCACACUGCCCCCCUUUCUUACCCAGAAUCUAACCCACGAGGAACAGCAGUUGGUUUCCAGAGUUCACUUUAAUUUCUAUCAGAAGAGCACAGUGUUUCAGGACCAAUCACUGGGGAGUCGUAAACUAAAUAGUGGGAUUUUGGGAGCAAGUGUGGCCAAUUUUUCAAUCAAAGGACUGCAAAAUAAUGUUAUUAUUCGCCUGAGAAAUAAUGCACCAGUUCCUGCAAAUUUUUCUCCAACGUGUGUUUUCUGGGACUUCACAUUUAACAAUUAUUCAGGUGGCUGGAAUUCAAAUGGCUGCAUUGUCCAAAACACAACAGACAAUGAGACCGUUUGUGGCUGCAACCACUUAACCAGUUUUGCUAUCCUGCUGGAUAUUUCAAGAGGCACUUUGACAAACCCUCUUCAAGCUACAAUCCUCAGUUUUAUCACAUAUAUUGGAUGUGGACUUUCUGCCAUCUUCUUGUCCAUCACUCUCCUUACAUACUUGGCAUUUGAGAAGUUGCGUAAAGACAUUCCAUCCAAAAUCCUGAUCCAGCUGUGCCUGGCUCUGCUGUUUCUGAACCUGGUCUUCCUGGUGGAUGCGUGGCUAGCACUCUAUCCAGAAGCUGUGGGUCUUUGUAUUUCCACUGCCUGGUUCCUUCACUACUUCCUACUGGCUUCCUUUACUUGGAUGGGACUUGAAGGCUUCCACAUGUACAUGGCUCUUGUUAAAGUCUUCAACAGCUACAUAUCCAGCUACAUGCUGAAGUUCUCUCUGGUGGGUUGGGGAGUUCCAAUGAUUGUGGUCAUAAUUGUCAUUGCAAUUAACAAAGAUAACUAUGGCCUUGUGUCCUAUGGAAAGUUUACAGAUGGCUCCAGUGAUGACUUCUGCUGGUUAAAAAAUGACAUUGCCUUCUACGUAGCUGUGGUGGCCUAUUUCUGUGUCGUUUUCCUCUUCAACUUCAUCAUGUUCAUCGUUGUGUUGGUCCAGAUGCGCCGGAUCAAACGGCAGAACCCUCACAGUGUUCAGCAUCGCACCAUGCUGCAGGAUGUGCGCAGUAUGACAGGCAUAACCAUCCUCUUGGGCCUCACUUGGGGGUUUGCAUUUUUUGCCUGGGGGCCUGUUAACCUGGCGUUCAUGUACCUCUUCGCUAUUUUUAACUCCCUUCAAGGUUUCUUUAUCUUUGUGUUCCACUGCGCGGUGAAGGAGAGCGUGAGGCGGCAGUGGAGAACCUACCUGUGCUGUGGCAAAAUGAGACUACUAGAGAACUCAGAGUGGAGCCGCACUGCAACACAAAAGAUUACGAAGAAAUCGUCGCUGUCUAAAAUGACAUCUCUUCAUUCUUCAAACUCCUCACGUGGUAACAACUCGACUUCUUUCCUCGUAAGCGACUCUUUGGAGCAGCUAAACGGUAUAGGCAGUCCAUUUGAAGACAGAGCAAUCACAGCUGAUGAAGAACCAAGCAUGGAUGUGGUCCUCAACGAGAUCCACAGGCAGUACAGAAACCAACAAACAUCUUGAUCCAGAAAGAACAGAAAAGUCUGUUUACUGACUUUUAACAAUUGUAUAUAAUGUAAAUUAACAGAAUAACUUUAAAAUGAUGUAUAAUUGGUAACAUUAUCCUUGAAACUUGAUUAUUGUUUUCUUUCUUUUAUAAUUUAUUUUCUACAUUGUAUUUGCCUGAGCUUGUUGACAUUAGGGCAAGCCAACAAGUAUGUACAUUCAGCCGAACACAAGCUAGAUUUAAGAGUAACAAGUUCACAAAACAGUUAUUGCAGCUUAUCUCUCAUCAGGAAAUAACUAUGCUACAGUCUAUGCUUCACACGAAAAUACAUUUGUUAUUAAAUAUUUAAGUUAAUAAAACUGAACUCGCUUUUAAAACAUGUUUUCGUGUUUUUAUAUUGCCUUCAUGUCAUAAUUUUUGUCUUCCUCAGAUUAAUACAGAAUUAAAACUCCAGUUAGUCCUGCAGUAUUUUGUGGCUUAUGGUGAGAAUUCCACUAAAGAGUUAGUGGUUCAACCUUUAGCCAAAUUUCUAAUUAAAUAAUGACUUUUGGUUUAGUUGUGUUUUAGUUCUUUUCAAGCGUGUUAUAAAAAGAAAGAGACACAGGAAAAAUCUCAUUUUAAAGUCAAAUCCAGCACAAAAUUCAAGCAGAAUUAAUGUGUGAACUGUGAGCUGAACUUACAAAUAAUACUCACCACUUUAUUAGGUACACUUUGCUGGUAACCCUGCUUUUGUCUCCAGAAGUGCCUUAAUUCUUCAUAGCAUCGAUUCAUCAAAGUGUUGGAAACAUUUCUCAGCCUUUGUGUGCUUCAUGUAUGAGUGUGUGAGAGAUAAUGAUUAGGUGUGUUUUUAAUUAUUUAAGUUUUAUUGGGUAUGUGAAGACUUAGUUUGAAUUUGAUGUUUAAUAUUUUUUUUAUAUUUAAU